AUGGCUUCCCUGGGCGAGGAUCUACUCGUCACGGUUAACAAGCUCCAGGACCUUGUCUUCAACACCAUUGGAAAUGACUCCCUAGAUCUGCCUCAAAUUGUCGUUGUUGGUUCGCAAUCAUCCGGAAAGUCCUCGGUCCUGGAGAACAUAGUUGGGAGGGACUUCCUGCCCCGAGGCAGCGGUAUUGUCACUCGGCGGCCGCUGAUUCUCCAGCUCAUCAAUGUUCCCAGUGAGCGCGAUGACAAGCCCGCAUCCGAUGAGAUUCAUGUUCCCCACACGGCCGCUAGUGUUGCCGGUCAACACGAAUGGGCUGAGUUCCACCACCAACCGGGUCGCAAGUUCGACGACUUUGCGCAAGUGAAGGCGGAGAUUGAGGCGGAGACGGCCAGAAUCGCGGGAAGCAACAAGGGCAUCAACAGACAGCCAAUCAACCUCAAGAUCUUCUCACCCCAUGUGUUGAACCUGACCCUGGUGGAUUUGCCUGGAUUGACAAAGGUGCCCAUCGGUGAUCAGCCGUCCGAUAUCGAGAAACAAACACGCACCCUCAUUCUGGAAUAUAUCGCCAAACCGAACAGUAUCAUUCUUGCCGUCUCGCCAGCCAAUGUCGACCUGGUUAAUUCCGAGGCGCUGAAGCUUGCUCGCCAGGUCGAUGCGAUGGGCCGGAGGACCAUCGGAGUUUUGUCUAAAUUGGACCUGAUGGAUCAUGGAACAAAUGCCAUGGACAUUUUGUCUGGACGUGUAUAUCCCUUGAAGCUGGGUUUCAUCGGUGUGGUCAACCGGUCCCAGCAGGAUAUCCAGUCAGGCAAGUCCCUGUCUGACGCCUUGCGAGCAGAGUCAGAAUUCUUCCGACACCACCCAGCCUACCGAAAUAUGGCCAACCGUUGCGGUACACACUUCCUGGCCAAGACUUUGAACACAACCCUUAUGUCACACAUUCGAGACCGCUUGCCGGAUAUCAAGGCCCGCUUAAACACCUUGAUGGGACAGACUCAACAGGAGCUCGCCAGCUAUGGAAACAAGCAAUUUAGCGGCGAGGAGCACCGGGGAUCUUUGAUUCUGCAACAGAUGACCAGAUUUGCCGCAUCUUUCAUCUCAUCUAUUGACGGAACUUCGUCGGAGAUCUCGACGAAGGAGUUGUGUGGUGGUGCGCGAAUUUACUACAUCUUCAACUCCGUCUUUGGAAACUCGCUUGAAACCAUUGACCCAACCCAUAAUUUGACCGUUUCAGACAUCCGAACGGCCAUUCGCAACUCCACGGGCCCUCGCCCCAGUCUGUUUGUUCCAGAGCUGGCCUUCGAUCUGCUAGUCAAACCACAGAUCAAGCUCCUUGAAUCACCCAGUCAGCGGUGCGUGGAACUGGUCUACGAAGAAUUGAUCAAGAUUUGUCACACGUGUGGCAACCAGGAGCUCUUGCGCUUCCCCCGUCUCCAAGGAAAGCUCAUUGAGGUCGUAUCUGACCUUCUCCGUGAGCGUCUUGGGCCAUGCGCAAGCUACGUGGAGUCUUUGAUCUCCAUUCAAAGAGCCUACAUUAACACCAAUCAUCCCAACUUCCUUGGCGCCGCUGCCGCCAUGUCCUCAAUCAUCCAAAACAAACAGGAUGAGGAGAGAAAAGCUGUUCUGGCAGAAGAGAAGCGGAAACGCGAGAAGCGUCGCCAAAAGGAACUGGCUGCUCCCAACGGGACAGGGGGUCCUGACGAAGAAGAAGAUUCGAAGUCCCUUCCCCUCCGAACUCAGUCAUCCAAGGGCUCCCGGAGCAUGUCACCUCACGUUAGCCGAACUGGGGAGAAUGGCAUUGCUGCGACUUUGAAUGGUGCUCAUCAUAACCACGCCGGAUUUGGUGUUGGUUCAAACACCGCUCGCGAUUCCUUCUUGAACUACUUCUUCGGUAAAGAGGGUACACAAAACACCGCCCUACCUCCAGCAGGCGGCAGCUCCCACCGCUCCAACGCAUACCCCAGUGAACCGAGCAUUAGCCAGAGUAUCCGCCGUGCCGAAGUUCGAUCACCGGUCCUGCCCGCCGAGGAAUACACUGCUCCCCAGCCCGAGUUUAGUGAUCUCUCUAACUUCCCCCACGAGAACACUGAGCCGGCACUCACUGACCGCGAGAUGCUUGAAUGCGAGCUCAUUCAGCGCCUCAUCUCAUCAUACUUUGCCAUUGUCCGGGAGACAAUUGCAGACCAGGUCCCCAAGGCAGUCAUGCAUCUUCUUGUCAACCACUGCAAGGAUGUUGUGCAGAACAGACUUGUGAGUGAACUUUAUAAGGAAGAUCUGUUCAGCGAGCUUCUUUAUGAGGAUGAUGGCAUCAAGGCCGAGAGAGAGAAGUGCGAGAAACUAUUGGAGACAUACAAGGAAGCUGCCAAGAUCGUUGGCGAGGUGUUAUAG